GUUUUGGUAUAUAAACUCAACGAAUCGCUUUGAUAAUCAUCCAGUCUCUUGCUAUCUUUCUAACAAAGACCAACAAACAACCAAAAACAUUCAACAUGUUCAAAUUCGUUGUUCUCGCUGCCAUCGUUGCCGUUGCUGCCGCCGCUCCCGGCCACUUGAUCGCCGCCCCCGUGGUUGCCCACGCUGUGUCCACCAGCCAUCAAUCAUCCUCUGUGGUGCACCACGCUACCCCAGUGGUUAGGACCCAUGUGGUUGCUGCCCCAGUAGUGCACGCCGUCCAUGCUGCUCCAGUUGUACACGCCGCUCCAGUUGUCCACGCCGCCCCCGUGGUGCACCACGCCGUGCCAGUUGUCCGUAGCCACGUUGUUGCCCCCGUUCACGCUGUGCACGCCGUUCAUGCCGCUCCUCUUGUUCAUGUACAUUACAUCCACAUAAAAACCGGGACGUUUUCAAAUCCGCAAACAGUCAAAAUUUGCUCAGCAUCAAGCAAAAUAUCCAAAAAAACAAACAAAAAAACAAACUUAAAAAUGUUCAAACUUGUUGUACUUUUUGCUGUUGUUGCCUGCGCUGCCGCCGCCCCCGGCCACUUGGUAGCUACUCCAUUGUUGGCAACUCACUUGGUAGCCACCAGCCAUCAAUCGGUGGUGCAGCACCAUACGCCGGUCGUUAAGACCGCCGUUGUGGCACCGGCGAUUGCUGUGCACGCCGCCCCCGUGGUCCAUGCUGCUCCAAUCGUGCAUGCCGCUCCCGUCGUGCCCGUUGUGCAUGCGGCUCCGCUCGUAAAAACGCACUCGGCUGCUGUGCUCGUGCAUUGAACGCGAUUUUUGAUUGAUUGUAUCGCAUUUGCAUAUUUUAAUUUUACAAUAUUAAGACCAUAUUUAUUCUUAGACUAAAAUGGAAAUAUACACACAGA